GUGAGGCAGGCGAGCCGGCCAUCGCGCGCUGCACUGGAGAGGGCGCGCUGCAAAGGCGGGCAGCCGACCGCGGAGAGCCGGGCAGCGGAGUUGGACACCGCCUCGGAGGGAAGAAAUGAGGUAGCGGCGGUCCCCAGAGCCGACCAUGCGCGCCCCCUGCCCUCGGAGCCCAGCGCUGCCCUGGCCAAGCCAGCCCGGACACUGAGCCGGCCGAGCGCGAGACCCCGGUGUCUGGCGGAUCGAAGAUGCAGUGAGCCUCCGCGGGACUGCUGCGCGGGGCCCGCCGCGGCCAGCCGGACCCAGCCUCCCACCGCACUUGGGGCCAGCUGCUGUCUCUGCGACCAGCCCGGUCGAGGGGCUCUUCGUCUCCAGCACCCCUUGGAGGUGGGGAGCAGCGGUCCCUGGGCACACUCGCUGUAGAGUUUCCGCGGGUUUCGGCCCCAGUCCUAGGGGUUGUGUGUGUUAGGGGACCCUCUUCGCGUUUGCCGAGGAGUUCCUGCAUAUUCUCGCACCAUUCCGGUGCUGUUGCUGGGGCUCUCUUUAUUUGCACGCGCGCCUCUAGCUUUUUUCCUGACCUUUUCCCCUCCACACUCGUUCUCUCUCGCAUUUUGUGGCUUGCCUGAGACUCUUUGCCCUCGCUCUUGCCCAGACUGGGGUAAGUCUGUGUGCGCGUGCGGCCCCUCCAACCCCCCCCUCCCCGCGCCCAACACACACACCUUUUCUGCACACUCGAAGCUGAAUAUUUUCUUUUUUAGAAAAUUUACCCCCACCCUCUGCGGGGUUCCUAACACUCUCUCUCCCCUCCUCCCCCCAACUCUCUACCCCUGGGCCACUCCCAGUAGAAUUUUAUUUUUCGAUCUUGCCCGGGCCGAGCCCGGCUGGGGCCGGUGGCUCAGCGGGGCUCGCACCCGGCGCUCCGCCGCCGCCGCCCAGCUGCGCCGGGGCGCCCUCCGGAGAUGCUGCCGUGGAAGAAGCACAAGUUCGAGCUGCUGGCCGAGUCGCCGCCGCGGCAGGCGUCCAAGCCCAAGGGCUACGCUGUGAGCCUGCACUACUCGGCGCUCAGUUCGCUGGCGCGGGCGUGCCCCGAAGGCGCGCUUAGCCGGGUGGGCAGCAUGUUCCGCUCCAAGCGCAAGAAGCUGCACAUCACCAGCGAGGACCCAACUUACACCGUGCUCUACCUGGGCAAUGCCACCACCAUCCAGGCGCGCGGCGACGGCUGCACCGACCUUGCUGUGGGCAAGAUCUGGAGCAAAAGCGAGGCGGGCCGUCAGGGCACCAAGAUGAAGCUGACGGUGAGUGCGCAGGGUAUCCGCAUGGUCCACGCCGAGGAGCGCGCGUUGCGCCGCCCAGGCCACCUCUACCUGCUGCACCGCGUCACCUACUGCGUGGCAGACGCGCGGCUGCCCAAGGUCUUCGCCUGGGUGUACCGGCACGAGCUGAAGCACAAGGCCGUGAUGCUGCGCUGCCACGCGGUGCUGGUGUCCAAGCCCGAAAAGGCGCAGGCCAUGGCCCUGCUGCUCUACCAGACGUCGGCCAACGCGCUGGCGGAAUUUAAACGCCUCAAGCGGCGGGACGACGCGCGUCACCAGCAGCAGGAGCUGGUGGGGGCGCACACCAUCCCGCUAGUGCCGCUGCGCAAGCUGCUUCUGCACGGCCCCAGCUGCUAUAAACCGCCGGUGGAGCGUAGCCGCAGCGCGCCCAAGCUCGGCUCCAUCACUGAGGACCUGCUCGGCGAACAGCAGGAGCAGGAGCUGCAGGAGGAAGAGGAAGAGGAGCAUCCCGGGGGCUCCCCGGAGGAGGAGAACCGCGCAGCAGAGGGAGAUCCAGCAGAGGAGGAGGCCGAGGCGCAGCGGGCGCUGGUGGUUGCCAUGCACUUUGAGUGCGGGGACUUGUUGGACACCUUGGAGAAUGGCCGCGGGGAGGCGCUGGGGGGCGGCGUUGGCUCCCUGGGCCCGGGGGCGGGGCCGCCGCCUCUCCUGCUGGGCAGCGCCUCCGACAUGAAGGCCGAGCUGUCGCAACUUAUUAACGAUCUGGGCGAGCUCAGCUUCGGCAACGACGUGCGCACCCUGCAGGCCGACUUGCGGGUGACGCGCCUGCUGUCAGGCGACAGCACGGGCAGCGAGAGCUCCAUCGAGGGCGGGGGCCCGGACGCCACCGCUGGGGACCGGUCGGGCCAGGCCGACAGCGCCAGCACCGAUGAGUCCCACUCGAGCUGAGCUCCUCCGUGCGUCCCCAGCGCUCCACCGUGGCUACCCAUCCGUGGCCCCGACAACCUCCCUGUCCCUUGCCCGCCCCCAGGAAAGGGGAAAUGGGGCCUUUGGGGCCCAGGCCGAGAGUUCCCCCUGACCGCUCCCCCUACCUCCCCGCCCCCACUCCCGCCCUAGCACUUUGGCUCUGUGCAAGGCGGACUCGGGUUGCGCGUGGGAAUGCGGUGUGAUGUGAGAGGAGAAACGCCGCCAGGAGGGAGAGAGAGGCAGCCCUCUGGGGUGCGGGUGAAGGAAGGCUGGCUGAAGUUCCUAGUCUCAGGCCAUAGGUGCCUGGCCAGUUUCCUGUUUGUGGGGCAGCUGGGGCCUGAGGAGGAGGGGUUCACUUCCUCCUCCCAUCCCCUGGGAGCGGCCCUGCGCUGUCACUGACAUGUCAUUGAAAAAAAAGAGAGAGUAUUUGCUCUCAAGGUGUUUGAGGCUUUAAUGCCACCCCUUGGCCCUCGGUUCUUUUUGAUGCAAGAGCUCGGGCUGUUUACCUCAGACUCAGACCCCUGAAACUCUGCCAAAUUCCUCAAAUAACUGUUUGGGGGGGUGGUGGGGGGAGAUGAAAGAAAGUUGCAUUUUGUUUACAGCUAAAGACAUCUAAUAUCUUAAAAAGGAGUUUUCCUUUAGAAACACACACACACACGAACACACACCCUUCCUCUUGCUCAAAAGAUCUCACUCCAUGAUACUGUGUAAAAUAUUUUUGCACUAUUGUGAAGUAUUUUUGACUUUUUUCUGUACAUAACUGUGUUCUCAGAGCUGAUUGUUUAUAUCUUUUGCUGUGCAAAAGAAACAUGUAAAAUGUUCAGUUGUAUAUACAGAAAUGUGUAUAAAACAUUUUGUUAUUUUUUAAAAGUAGCACUGUUCUGGUUCUGUUUGCAGCCAGUGGGGAGAGAAUAAAGAGGAAAAUGUAACAGA